AUGGAGCAUGGUCCGAGAGAAUAUCUCUCAUUUAAAGAUAUCGGAAUUGACUUUUGUGCACGUACAAGUUCUCACGGAAUUCCUUUUGUUGGUUGCAAUUUAAAUGCAUUUAAACUUUCUGAAGUUCGGAAAUAUGAAGAGAUAGAACAAGGGAUUCAACUUUGGGAAAGGGCUAUAUCCACUUUGGAUCGUUUCAAACAAACAGAAUCAAAUCCAGAGACUAACAGUAAUAAUCGCUUGAAAAGACAACAAGCUGUUUAUAGGCCUAUUUUGGCUAGAUGUGUUUGUACACAUUAUGAUGAUCAAUGUGUUCCGCAACAAUAUUUUCCUGAUGAACAUAAUAAAAAUUCUUCUGUUUGUCUUUGCUAUGAAGAUCAACAAAUGGGGGAUAUAUGGCCCUGUUAUGCUCAUUUUGUAUGGAAACAAAAACAUUGUUCUUUUUGUUCUCAUUCAAAUACUUGUGACGAUCCAGACCUUCCAAAUAAUAAAACUAAUAUUAAAUUAACUUCACCAUCAAUUCCCUGUCUUUGCCAGCCAAUCUCUCAUUAUUGUAUUAAAGAUAGCAGAAAAUUAGGACAGGAUUUUAAAUGGUGGAAUCCACAUAAUUAUACAAUAUAUCCAUUUACAACACGUCCACCACCUUCAGAAUUGGAAGAAGCUUUUGGACUUGAAGAUUUAAAAGAUCGAGGUGCCAUCACUACGCGAACAAAAGAAAAUUUAAUUUUUCUUGUCGCUGGAAUGUCGCGGCAAAUAAGGCAAAGUUUAAGUUAUACUUUACAUGAAUUUGUACUUCGAUGUUCUUUUAACAGUAAAGAUUGUGAUUUAAAUAGAGAUUUUCAAAUUCAAAUAGAUCCAGAAUAUGGAAACUGUUGGACUUUUAAUUUUAAUGAUUCUGUUGAGCUAAAAAAUUCCCGUGCAGGUCCUAUGUAUGGACUUAGGCUUUUACUUAAUGUAAAUCAAAGUGAUUAUAUGCCUACAACUGAGGCUGCUGGAGUAAGGAUUGUUGUACACGAACAAGACCAAGAACCAUUUCCCGAUACUUUUGGUUACUCAGCCCCAACCGGUUUUGUUUCCUCGUUUGGAUUAAAAACAAAAAUUCUUCAUCGUUUGGAUGCUCCAUAUGGGAAAUGUUCUGACACUUUUCGACCUGCUGGAUAUAUUUAUGCUGAACAUUAUUCUCCUGAACAUAUAAUUUUGGAACGUUGUGGAUGUGGAGAUCCUCACCGUCCUUGUGAUGCCCGCAACCCAAAAGAACGUGCUUGUCUGUCCAAUCAAACAGCUGUCUUGGGAGGCUUCCAUCACUUAACACAUGACUGUCAUUGUGUACAGCCUUGCACUGAAAAUACAUUCGAAACUGCAUAUUCAGCAGCUUCUUGGCCAGCCCAAAAUUUUAAUAUUGGACAGGACGAUUGUGCUUUAGUUUUGGGAAAUAAUUUUACAAUGGCUUCUUGCACGGAAUAUUAUCGAAAGAAUACUGCUUAUAUAGAAAUUUAUUAUGAGCAAUUGAACUAUGAGAAACUUAAAGAAACACCUGGAUAUACGGCUAGUUUUUUUUACUUUUUAGUUAAUUUAUUUUCUGAUCUCGGAGGAAAUAUUGGUCUUUGGAUUGGAUUUUCAUUAAUUACUGUUCUCGAAAUUGUCGAACUUGUAUUUGAAUGUUUUGCUUACGGGUGCAAACAAUGUAUUUAUCGACCAUUACAACGCAAAGCACAAAUGAGACGUAAUAGAAGGCAAAGUUUGAAUGAAGAGAAUUUAAAUGGAGAAAUUGAGCAAAAGGAAGGGUUUAGGUUAGAUUUAGUAAAGGUCUAUCUCAUUGCUGAUCAUUUAAGAAUUCUCACAACACCACCCUCCCCUAUCGGAUGUUACUCACUGAACGAUUUACUUCCGUUUCUACCAAACAGCCAUAGUAUACCAAAAAAUUCAUUCGAUAGUUAUGAAUCUCCCCUUACUUUGUGGCUCUCAAGGAUUAGUAUGAUCAGAAUUUUUGAGACCCAAUUCCAAACUUUUAUGUGGAUAUUUAUGUAUGUAAUUCUAUCAAUCAUUCAGACAUGCUGGAACCAAAAUAUCUCGUCACAUUUCUCUACUUGA